AUGGAGGCAGACUCGUUGGAUAAUGAUAUGAGAGGGUGGAUUAUGGCUAUUAUCAGUGGAAUAGCAUGUGUUAUGGGUAGUUGCAUAAUAUGCAUAGAUCUAUUGAUUAGAUAUAUCCCCAGCAAGAAGAAUUUCAGGAUACAAGAUAACAAUGCUUUCCUAGCUGCGUCUCUAAGUUUGAGUUUUGGUGUAAUGAUAUUCUCUUCGUUAUAUAGUAUGCUCCCAUCAUCGAAAAAAUAUCUAAUGGAGGGUGGUUAUACAGCUCAAGCUGCUGCAUGGACUCUUUUGGCUUGUUUCGCUGCAGGAUUUAUUGGCAUACAAAUUGUUUCGAGGCUCAUGCAUCAAUUUAUCCCCUCGCAUGUCUCACAUUGCGAUCAUUCUCACAAUCAAGAUGCAACGCAUCACGACCACGACCACGACCACAGCCACAACCACAAUCACCAAACCUUCGAUGGCUUUGAUGGCCACCAUGAUAAUCACCUUCCAUUAUCAAAAUCGAGUUCUCAUGCAGCAGCCAAUCAAGGAAACAGUGCGAUGACGGAAUCUACACCACUUCUCGCUUCACAUGUCGGAGAAAAUGGAAAGCAUUCAAUAGAAGGUCUUGCACCACCAAAAGAUUCUCAGCCAAGCAAUCGCCGCCAAUCCCAUAAUCUAACCAGGCGACCAUCGCUCAUGGUAGUUCAUGACAGGGUGAUGUCUUUUGUAAAGGAUAGGAAGGCCAAUUGUGAUGAGAGUGGACCGUGUUUUGGGUAUUCCGACCUUUGUGGGCGAGAAUGCUUAAAAACCCCCAUGAAUACAAAAGUUCCUUAUUCGGCGCGAACUCCCACAGGCACCUUGUCAACCCGAUCUCAUUCUUUCACAUUGCCAGAAGAAGGAGAAGAGGCUCCCGAUAAUUCAGCACAAUUACGUAGGGCUAUUUCCGAAACAGAAAUUCCCAGUUGUCAUGACUCUGACAUUGAAGCUCAACAACAUCAUCACCAUGUUCCCGAAAAUGCAUUUAUGGAUAUUGGUCUUCAAACAAGUAUAGCUAUUGGAUUGCAUAAAUUACCCGAAGGUUUUAUUACAUUUGCUACAAAUCACGCAAAUCCCGAACUUGGAGUUUCUGUCUUUUUAGCUUUACUUGUUCAUAACAUCACUGAGGGAUUUGCAAUGGCUCUACCAUUAUACCUAGCACUUGGUAGCCGACCACGAGCUAUCUUCUGGAGUUCUUUCCUCGGAGGUGUGUCACAGCCAGCCGGUGCCGCAAUUGCAGCCGCAUGGUUUUCAAUUGCUGGACGGGAAGGUCAUGCGCCUAAUAUUGUAGCUUAUGGAUGUAUGUUUGGUAUCACCGGGGGUAUCAUGGCUAGUGUCGCAUUGCAUCUGUUUGCGGAGUGCCUGGGUCUGAAUCACAAUAGAAGUUUGUGCAUUUCUUUUGCAUUUGUUGGCAUGGCGUUAAUGGGUAUGAGCAACGCUCUUACCUCUCGAUAA